GUAAUCGUCGAUUAGCAGAACGAUCUACGCACGGCCCUGCGGAUAUGUUCUAACAUCCAACAUGGCUACCUGAUAUGUAGCAGACGAUAUAGGUGCCAUGAAAAAUUGUAAAUAAAAUUCAUUUUUAGCUUUAAUUAUGAGUGGACGUGUACAAAAGGAAUGUGAUGAUGAUUCUGAUCGUGUUGACGAUGCGGUGGAUCCUAGAGUACAGAUUGAACUUGAAAGAUUGAACACAGCUACUGAUGACAUCAAUAAACUUGAAGUCGAUUUGGAUGAAGCAAGGGCCACAUUCAGGGAGUUAUUGUGUGAAUCUACUAUUAAAAUUGAUUCUCUGGCUAAGAAACUUGGAGCCUGUAUUGAAAAAUCUAGACCUUAUUAUGAUGCUAGAUUUAAAGCAAAAGAAGCGUUACAAGAGACACAAAAGGCUGCAAUUAGAUUUGAAAGAGCCAAUAGUCAACAUGCAGCUGCCAAAGAGAUGGUAUAUUUAGCCGAAGAGGGAUUAAGAACAGAAGGGAGAUGUUUUGAUCAUGCGUGGCAGGAAAUGUUAAAUCAUGCAACAGCUAGAGUUAAUGAGUCAGAACAUGAACGAGCUCUUUCUGAGGCAGAACAUAGGCAUACGACUGCGUUGUACCAUAAAGCAGAACAUGAAGUCCAAAGAUUACAACGAGAAUUGAAACGUGCUAUUGCCAAGUCAAGUAUGGGUGCACGUCGCAGCUUGCUUCUGAUAAACAGUAUCGCCUACAGGCACAACUUGCUCAUGUUGCCUUAUUAUGAAAUGAAAGCACAUUUCAAUCAAAUGUUGGAAGAACAAAAGAUGAAAGUUAGUGUAUUGGAGAGGUCAGUUGGUGAUGCUAAAAUGACAUAUGCAGAAGCUUUGAGAAAUUUGGAACGUAUUAGCGAUGAGAUACAUAGAACAAGACAAUGUGAUACUGCAGAUGAUUAUGGAAAACAUAUAAGAGAUGGUACAGAUCCUUCUUCUAUACAGACAAAUACAGCUACUCCAACUGACUCAAGUGUAACCGGUUCACCAGAUAGUACAGAUUAUACUAGUGAUGAAUAUUUACGUCUCCCUGACAGAAUGAGUCCAAGUACUCCUUGUCUUGUGCCUACCAAAAUUGAGAGGAAUCCAUCUUCUGAAUAUUUGGGCCUAAAUAAUAUGAAUCUUUCAACUACAGAACCUCGAAAAUAUAUAAAGCGAGACCGUCCGCGAAGCAUCGCCACAACUGACACGAAACAUAUCGUACAAUUAAAUCAUACAAGUUCUUCUACAUCUCGUCUAUCUGAUCUUUCUAGCAUUAUAUCUCCUAUUGAAAAGAAGGUUAAGAUUCAAUCACCUGUGCGCGAUGAGAAAAAUAAUUCUGUAACACAGAAUGGCGAAGAAUGGACAGAAAUUAGUUUAAACAAUUCUCCGGAUGAAAUUUAUUACAACAACGACAUCUAUUCCGAUGAAGAAGAUCAAAUUCCUUAUAAACCUUUACCAAUGGAUUUGAGCCCUGAAAAUAUCAAGCUUCCAAUUCUUUCAGUGAAUAUUCAAGCAUUACAUAAUGAUCAAAAUAAUCGGAAACGAUUAGUUUCACAGAAAUCAUUACCUUUGAUGACGCGAACGAAUGAAGUUAGUUUAAGUGAAGAAAAGAGGGCAGAAGUCACACGAAGUCCAUCAAUAAGAAGUAAGGGUAAACUGGAUAGUAGUUUGUCUAAUUGGAUUACUCGAAGUUCUGCUGCCAAUGAAAUGAGUGAUGGUAGUUCUGCUAAUUCAAGCAGAAGGCAAUCUUUGGAUAUGUUAUGGGGUGGAGGAACAGGAGAACGAGUCAAAGAAUUGUUAAAUCAUGGAAUGAUGAUGCUAAACAUAUCUGGUCUAACAGAACGGCGUUCUAGUGAACCAAAAACAAGUGAAAGAGAUAAGGAAAAAUUUGAAAAAUCAGAAUCGAAAGGAAAGAAGGUUCCAAGUCCUCUAGAAAAAACUAUGACUUAUCUCAAUGCAGAUGAAGAAACUUCAGACAGUGAAAGUUUAGCCAGUGUGGAGAUGUUAACAGAAGAUCAAAUAUCAUCUCUUAUGAUGGAACCUGAUAUGAAUCAAGUUUGUCAAGAGAUUCUAGGUACACCAUUAGUAGAAGUCUGUCCUUUAUUACAACAGCUUCAGCAACAACAGUAACUUUCUUUUCCUUAUUAAUAUUGACCUCAUUUUAGCAAAAAAGAAAAGUGUUCAAAAUUUGAAUAACGUUAUAUAAUAUCAAAGCAGUAUUUUUUGUUAAAAAUUCAUUUGUACACGUGAAUCCACUAUUUUGAUUCUUUUUUUAUUAAGUUAUGACUAGUUAAAAUAUGGUGCAUAUAGAAUAUUAUUUUGUAAAUACUAUUUCAUAUAUAAUGAAUGUCUGUAAGGUAGAAUGUGAAAUUGCAUUGUCUUUUAAAAUAUUUAUAUAUGCACUUUUGAACUUGCUUUUUUCUUGUUAGUGCCAGUAAUUACUAUUUUUAAAUCUGUGUGUACUUUAAUACAUUAUCAUAAUUCUAAAAAGCCUAAAAGAUUUUAUGCAAGUAUAUAUAUAUAUAAAUAUACAUAUAUAUAUAUAUAUAUAUAUUAAUUGAAGUACAUUGAUCAGAGAAUCAUUAAGAAUCAUUCCAUUAAUCUUCUAUUCAUUCAAUGUAUAAUAAACCAUAGGAAAAAAGUUCGUUAAAGCAAGCAAUAUAUAGUAAAUAUUAAUAUUAAAUAAAUAUCUAAUUAAUUACAUAAAUUGCUCUUGUUAAUCGUACGCAGUUCUUGUAUUUGCAGUGCUCUUCUAUAUUUUUGGCUUAAAUUAGUAAUAACUGCUGUACGAUGCAAAUAUAGAGCUAUUACAAAAUAUAUAUUAAACUUUAAUAAUCAACAAAGUAGGAAACUUUGUAACUAUAAUUUAACCUUAAACAAAUUACAUUAGAAUAGAAUUUUUAUGCCUCUUUUUCCAUAGCACAAAAAUGACGAAGAAAACUAUCAUAAGUAUUAAAUUCAAAUUUUAUGAAAAUCUCUCUUAUUCAUCACCAGUGAAGUGCUUGGAAAAAGUAUUUAUAUUUUAUCAUUAAAAGAUAUAUAGAACAGAUCUCUAUUAAUCAUAAUUCAUUAAAGUAAUUGACAUUAGUCAAUGAUGUUAUAUAGUCUCCCUAAAACAAUUUCUUACAUACAUAUGUAUGUGAAGAGUUGCAUAUAUAUAUAUAUAUAUAUAUAUGCAAAAUAUAAAUAUGCAAUAUACAUAUAAUUAUUUACAAUUAUAUGUAAGAAAGACUUGUAUUUAUUAAGAUUUUUAGUUUUGAGGUGUAGUAUACGCCUAUAAAGUUAGUGACACCAAUUUGGAAAUAACCUGUAUACUCAGGUAGAAUGAAGUGAUAAAAAUAGUCAGAAUUUUAAAAAUUCUAACAAGCACAUUUAUUUAAAUAUAGAGGUACAAUGCAGAACAUUUAUCAAAAAAUAUCUUUAGUUUUACAUAUUAUGGCUUAUAUAAUCUUAAAAGUUAUUAUAAGAAAUGAUCCAGUCAUACAAAAUUGUAUUGAUUAGUCCAAGAGAAUAUAGUAAAAUGACAUUACUUAAAAUAUAUAUCUUAACAACAGAUUUUACCAGUUUUAUCGCAGCGGGAUGUGAUAUAGUUAUUAGCAUUUUUAAAUAUGAAGAUGGAACAUAUAUGGAUUGUAAUAAAUACUGCAAAAAUGUGCAUGCAAUAUGCUAUUUAUAAAGAGUAAUAUAUAUGUAUUGUAUACAUAAUGUAUAUGUAUGUAUGUGCGAGUGUAGAUAAAGAAAUGCAACACACAACAUACAUAUAACAUACUAACAAAUGUUAUUUAUUAUUGAUAUAUAAUUACUGAAAAACACAAUUAGUUAAAAUUUUAAACACAGACGAAAAGCAGUUUUUAUAAGAGAGGCAAUUACAUUUUUAUAAGAAGUAUCAUGAGAAUUACUACACAUUUUCUUAUCAUAUUUUUUUUUUAUAAACUAGUUAAAUUGAUAUAAAAUUAUGAAAUACUAUAUUUUUUCUGCUAUUAUAUUCUAAAUUUGGAAAUUUUUUAAGCAGAAAAUGUUAUAUAAAUGUGUCUUAUUAAAGUUAGCUCUUUAAACUUAUAAUUUUUAUUUUGUCAAAACGAGACUUAUAGAAAAAAUACACGAUAAAUUAUUCUUUUUUCUUAAAAUUUUAUUUGGCAAUAUUAUACAGACCGUAAUAAUUUCUGUGAAAUCAUUAUCUAAGAGGGAGGUACUUUGCACGAUUCUUCCAUCAUAAAAGUUAAAUGUAAAAACCUUUUGACUCUACUUAGGCAAAUUAAUUAAUAAUCAUGUUGUUGUUCUCAAUGUAAAUUAUGAAUCAUAGACUUCAACAAGUAUUUUCUUCACUAAUAUGCUAUAGCAUUACGGAUUAUCGCAAGAGCAUAAUUAUUAAUAAUAAUUGUAAAUAUAUAAUAAUGUAUAUGUAAAUGUAACUAUGUAUAUACAAACAUAUUCAUUAAAUCAUCGCAAAUGUAAA